AUGGAGGCGACUCCAUCUGCCCCCAGGGAUCUUGCUGCAGCAGCAGCAGCAGCAGCAGCAGCACCAAUAGCAGCAGCAGCAACAACAGCAACAGCAGCAGCAACAGCAGAACCAGCAGCAGCAGCAGCAGCACAACACACUCCAGUUAGCAUCCCCUAUUCUGGUGGUAUUCCGUUCGUAGGUGUUUCAGAUCCUGCUGCUGCAUCUGCAUCAACAGCAGCAGCAGCAGCAGCAGCAGCAGGAGCAGCAGCAGCAGGAGACUCAAGCACAUCCCCAGCAUCAGCAUCAUCAUCAGCAGCAGCAGCAGCAGCAGCAGCAGCAGAAGAAACAAGUGCUGCUAGUGCCUGGGCCCCCCUAGACGACUCCUUCUUGCUGCGGGCACAACACACUCCAGUUAGCGUCCCCUAUUCUGGUGGUAUUCCGUUCGUAGGUGUUUCAGAUCCUGCUGCAGCAUCUGCAUCUACAGCAGCAGCAGCAGCAGCAGCAGGAGCAGCAGCAGGAGCAGCAGCAGCAGGAGACUCAAGCACAUCCCCAGCAUCAGCAUCAUCAGCAGCAGCAGCAGCAACAGCAGCAGCAGAAGAAACAAGUGCUGCUAGUGCCUGGGCCCCCCUAGACGACUCCUUCUUGCUGCGGCUCAGCAGCGAUCUGCGGCGGCAGGUAUGGUCGUACCAUCUGCUGCUGGGGGGCCCCCCUGAGGAUGGGGGCCCCUUCCCCCCCCUCCCCAGCAGCAACACGCACAGCAGCUGCCCCUCCUUUUCUGUUUUAUUAUCUGAUCUGUUGUCUUAUGCUCUUCUCUCCUCAUUCAGCUGCUGCUCCUUUACACAGGGGGCCCCAUCAACCCAGCAGCAGCAGCAGCAGCAGCAGCAGCAGCAGCAGCAACAGCAGCAGCAGCAGCAGCAGCAGAGCCCCAUCAACCCACCAGCAGCAGCAGCAGCAGCAGCAGCAACAGCAGCAGCAGCAGCAGCAGCUGCAGCAGCAGUGCGUAGUCAGCAACGACGCUUCGAGCGCCCAUGCUCCAGCAGCAGCAGCAGCAGCAGCUGCUGCUGCUGCUGCUGCUGGAGCUGUAGGCAUUCGGCGCGAUGA